AAACAGGAAGUGUCGAUACAUUGCGAAGUGGGACAUUUUCAAUCGGCUAAGAAAAUACUUGAGUAUUCAUGAUUUAGGAAUUUUAACACGAAAAACAACACUGAAUGCCACUGAACUAACUGACACUAAUUGUACAUCUUUCGACCCUGGGAGAAGUGGGAAUCAUCUCGCUGCUAUCAUUCUCACUUUCUGAUACGUCGUUGUAGCUAUCUUAUUUUGAAUAUUGUCAGUUAUAAAGCAAAGAUGGCUUUGUCAUAUUUACAAAUAUCCAAGUCAAAUAUAUGCCAUUGUCUUUAUUUGCCAUGAAACAGAUUAGAACUUCGUAGCAUGAGCUGUCUGUCCUGAAUAUCUUUUGAAUGGGGAAACUGUUUGAUUAGAGAGCUUACUACAGUGCUUCUACGACAAGCACUAGUAAAUUAGCUACAAUGGUUGACCGAAUUUGCUCAAUAUGGUUUUGGUUUGGAUCGAAUCGUCCGGGAUUCUUUCUUGGAACAACGUUUCUGUUAACUCUGAUGGUACUGAUGUGGCUUGGUGGUAUUCCAGCCAGUCUGAGUUUAGGCCCAGGUGGACAGUUCCCAGGGUGCCGAGAUCUGUCACUCUAUGCCUUUAGUCAUGAGGAGCUGCCCUCUCUUCUCUACAACGCAGUUCUCCUGCUGUUGCUUGGACCAUGCCAGGAGCGACGCUGGGGCACAGUGGCUUUCCUUGCCCUCUCACUCCUCUCCAUAGCUCUCCUGCCUCCACUGUAUGCCAUCCUACUCUUUAUCAGUGGGGAUGAGGCUAGUCGUGUUUGUGGUUCCUCCGCCACCCAACUGGCUCUGUUUACAGCCCAGUGUCGUCAGGUGACCCAGAGGAAGCUGCUCAGAUGUGUACCAGUUUGGUUCCUGCCCUGGCUGCUCUUACUCCUCAGUCUGGUGUUGCUCCCAAGCACACCGGGCCUGCUCCACUUCUGUGCCAUACUGAUAGGACACAACUAUCGUCCAUCCUUUAUUGGGGUUUUGCAGAAAAUAGAGAAUAUUGGGAUUUUCAACUUCCUUCCUGCUUGGGCCUAUGUUCCUUACUAUUUAAGGCUCAGGCUUCCCACCUAUAACACCUCACAGAGAUCUGGGCCAUUCCCUCAGGUAGCUCCCUCUAACAGAACCCCCAUGGAGGACUUUUCACCCGUGAACCCACAACCUUGGUUAGCGUCUGUUCCUCAUUGGCUGCUGGACGGGUCUGCAGCAGAGUCAGAGGCCCAGUUAUUGGAGGAGCAGAUGCUGAGGGCAGGGAUAUUGGCCUCCUUACAGGAUGCUCCUGAGGAACCAGGGACCAAAGUGGAGGUGCCAAAGUCCUCAGUGUCCUUUCUGAGGCUUCAGCAAUUGGAGAAGAUGGGGUUUCCUACAGAUAAAGCUGUGGUGGCGCUGGCUGCAACUAGACAGCUAGAUGGUGCCAUCUCCCUGCUCAUUGAUGACAGAGUUGGGGAGGAGGCUGUGAUGACAUCCAAAGGGAAGAGCCGCCUGCCACCAAUAAUUAUCUGAGGCCUGUCAGAUCAGCAUAUGGUGGCCAACUGGACCUUGGAACAGAAGGUGUGAUUUAGCAUCAUGAUAUUGGAAUUUGCUUGAGUUUUGCUGAGCUGAACUUGUGUUAAAAUGUACCCUGUGGGCUAAAAGGAAAAGACGAGUACCCAAAUAAAUGUCAUUAUGAAAAAAAGGACAGUUGGCCUGUUAAAAAAACAAAACAAUUAUUUAUUAUAACAACCAUCUAGAAGAUUAUUUUAGCACAAUAACACAUUAGCAAGCAAUUUCAAAUAUGCCCAAAAUGGAAAAUACAUAUAACGUUACGUACUGUAUAUCAGCAUACAAAACAGUAAGCUUCUAUUGAUCUUUUUUUUAAAUAAUUCACAAAAUUUUUAUUAUAAGAUAAAGAAAAAAUUAUCAAGGAAGCAGUUUUUUUUUUUUUUACUGUGACAGAGAAAUCAGUCUAAGUAUAAGAAUG